CCUCGUACUCCUCUUUUGCUGCUGCCGCUGCCGCUGUCUGCACGACUCGUCUGGCCCCCCUCUGAGUGGAUUCUCUCAGUGUAUAAUUGGCUCUAUGGGAUGCAAAGGUUUUUAAUUCUUGAAGAAGGAUAAUGAAAAGAGGGACUUUGAACACUUUUUAGGACCAAAGCUCGAGUUUUUGCGGGGUAUUGGAAGAUAGAUGACAAUGGAUCGGGGUCUUUGGAAUUUUACCGAUGCCAGAAGGGAACAGAAACCGGAGAAUCGAUCUGUACCGAUUCUCCAGCAGAAUCAGGGUUUUGAAAAGGCUUUCUUUGCUCACAGAAGGGAAUUUCAUUUCCUGCAAUCUGAUCAAUUACCAACCAAUACACCUUCUUCCUCUACCGUGACCAACGACAACGAGGAGCAAUCUCCGGAAGAUUGUGAUUUUUCUGAUACUGUUUUGAGUUACAUAAAUCAGAUCCUGAUGGAAGAAGACAUGGAAGAUAAGACGUGCAUGCUUCAAGAUUCUUUGGAUCUUCAAGCAGCUGAAAAAUCAUUCUAUGAAGCACUGGGCGAAAAAUAUCCACCUUCACCUGCACAAAACCAUCCAAGUCAUAUGAUCAAUGAAAAUGAUGGAGGCAUGGGAAAUAAUUUCCCCAGAAAUUACAGUGAUUAUCACAGUAAUAACUAUGGUAAUUUCAACGGAACUUUCAUUCGUCAGUCCUUGUCUCAAAGUCCUAGUGAGUUUCCCUUGCAACGUAUCCGAGGUAAUGGUAUUUCUCAGCCAUCUUACAGCUCUUCAAGCAGUGUUGUAAGCGGUGUGGAAGGGCCUGUGGAUUCUCCAAGCAGUAUACUUCAGGUUCCGGAUCCGAACAGCGAGAGCCAAUCGAUUUCACAAUUUAAAAAAGGUGUUGAGGAGGCUAGUAGGUUUCUUCCAAAUGGAAACAAGCUGUUUGCUGAUUUAGGUGUGUUUAAUUUAUCACCAGAAGAACCAAAAACAAGAACUCAUGAGAUAUCAGCCAAGGUGGAGAAAGAUGGAGGGGAUGAUAUUCAUGGUGGGUCAAAGGUAAGAAGGCAGCCGCACAGGGGAGAGGAAGAUGAUGAAGAAAAGAGUAGCAAGCAAGCAGCAGUUUAUACAGAACCAACACUACGUUCUGUGAUGUUUGAUCUGGUGCUUCUUCAUACUGAUGGGGAAGGUAAGAACCAUUACACUGCUCGUCGUGAAGCUUUGCAGAACAAGACCAUGACGGCAGUGAUGGCAAAUGGUCAGGCAAAAACUCCAAAGUCUGGGAGGGGGCGUGGGAAGAAACAAAAUGGGAGAAAAGCAGUGGUGGAUUUGAGAACACUUCUGAUUCUGUGUGCACAAGCUGUUGCAGCAGAUGAUCAUAAGAAUGCACAGGAGUUGCUAAAGCAGAUCAGGCAGCACUCAAAUCCUUUUGGGGACGGAAAUCAAAGGUUGGCACAUGUGUUUGCUGAUGGGCUCGAUGCACGCCUGGCCGGCACCGGUAGCCAGAUUUAUAAGGGACUCAUCAGUAAGAAAAGGUCAGCCGCUGAUCUACUGAAAGCCUAUCAUCUCUACCUUGCCGCAUGCCCUUUUAGGAAGAUAUCUAAUUUUUUGUCAAAUGGCACAAUAAGGACAGCUUGUGCGAGUUCACCGAGGGUCCAUAUUAUAGAUUUUGGUAUUCUUUACGGUUUCCAGUGGCCAACUUCCAUACAGAGACUGGUAAUAAGCACAGGAGGGCGACCACCAAAAAUUCGAAUAACAGGAAUAGAAUUUCCACAACCCGGUUUUAGGCCAGCCGAGAGAAUAGAAGAAACAGGAAGACGGUUAGCAGAUUAUGCAAAAUCUUUCAAUGUUCAAUUUGAGUAUGUUGCCAUAGCAAAGAAAUGGGAAACUAUCAAGCUUGAGGAACUCAAGAUUGAUAGGGACGAGUUCCUGGUUGUUAACUGUUUAUACAGAGCAAAGAACUUGCUAGAUGAAUCUGUGUCAGUGGAGAGUCCUAGGAAUGCUUUCCUGAAUCUGAUAAGAAAGAUCAAUCCUGAUAUAUUCAUUCACGGCAUCAUCAACGGGGCCUUCAACGCGCCUUUCUUUGUCACCAGGUUUAGGGAAGCUUUGUUUCACUACUCAUCACUGUUUGAUAUGCUGGAGACAAUCGUGCCACGAGAGGACUGGGAGAGAAUGCUGAUCGAGAAGGAGAUAUUCGGGAGAGAAGCUUUGAACGUGAUAGCGUGCGAGGGAUGCGAGAGAUCAGAGAGACCGGAGACAUAUAAGCAGUGGCAGGCUCGUAUUCUGAGAGCAGGGUUUACACAGAUUCCUUUUGCUCGAGAUCUAGUGCGGAGGGCGAUGGAUAAAGUAAAGGGUAGCUACCACAAGGAUUUUGUCAUCGAUGAAGACGGCAAGUGGGUGUUACAAGGUUGGAAGGGACGAAUCAUCUAUGCACUUUCUUGUUGGAGGCCUUCCUGACAAAUCCGGAUAGAUUUAGGUUGUCUGAUGGUGUUCAUGACUGAAUAGGUUGCAUCCAUUUUGGUCGACAGUUGUGUCUGUUGAGUAAAGCAUCAGUUACUGAGUAACCUUUUGACAAAAUACGCUCGGUUCCACUGACGGUUACAACCUUUGGCCAAAAUAUGUGAAGAGAAGUUUGUAGUUAGAGUAGCUGAUUCAAUGAAGAUGUUCGUUUGUAAUUUUCAUCUUUCGAAAUCAAAUGUAAUUUUCUGAUCAAAAUCUUCUCUCAAUUUCGGUCUCGUGCAGUUUGGCUGUGUUUAAGCUU